AUGCCUUGUUCUCAACAACUAAGACAAGAGGUGCCAGCAAGACCUCUCACGGACAACGGUCUGCCGCUCGAACUUGUAUAUGCGGAUGAUGCAGACUUUGUCAGCACCUUAAAGUCCUGGCUGGCGGAUGUGGAGGCGACUGCCAGCACGGUGCUACCACAGUGGUCCCUAAUCAUGAACCGGGACAAAACUGAGUAUACAGACAUCUUCAGAAGUGCGGACAGGAUCGAUGAAGAGUGGAGGACAACGCGCAAGCUGGGUUCGCUGCUGGGCGACGAAGAGGAUAUUAUGCGACGAAAACAGCUGGCGACUGCAGCAUUUCAGUCCCUAUGGAGCCUCUGGAAGAGGCAUCAGCACAUCAGCGAGAAGUUGCGUCUGCGGCUGUACAACACUUUUAUUAUUCCAGUACUGACGUACAACUCGGGUAUGUGGGGGGUCAGUGUGACCGUUCUGUCUCGCCUGGAUUCCUUCCACCGCCGUCAGCUAAGGUCACUCAUCGGUGUGAAAUGGCCACAAAUAAUACCGAAUGAUGCUCUCUAUGCCAGAUGCGAAGCUGAACCCUUGAGUGUCAUGGUCAAGAGAUCACGCUGGAGGCUGUUUGGCCACAUCCUGCGGAUGGCAGAUGAAUCCCCAGCUGUUAUGGCUAUGUUCGCGUAUUUCGCCAAUCAGCAAUAG